AGGGGAGGCUGCUGCAUCUCUCCAGGACGCUUGCGUGACCGACUUGUAACGUACGUGACGUUGGCCACGCCACCUCCUCUCUCUCUCUUUCUCUCCUCCCUUUGUGCAGUUGACAAGCUCCUUCUCCGGUAGGACUGGAAACCACUGACAGAGAUAAUGGCUGUACCUCCUACCUACGUUGACCUUGGAAAGUCUGCCAGGGAUGUUUUCACCAAGGGAUAUGGCUUUGGGCUCAUCAAGCUGGACUUGAAAACGAAGUCUGAGAAUGGACUGGAGUUCACCAGCACAGGCUCUGCCAACACCGAGACCAGCAAGGUUGCUGGCUCCCUGGAGACCAAGUACAAGUGGGCAGAGCACGGCCUGACCUUCACAGAGAAAUGGAACACCGACAACACCCUGGGGACCGAGAUCACACUGGAGGACCAGUUGGCCAAGGGCCUGAAGCUGACGUUUGAUUCGUCCUUCUCACCAAACACUGGCAAGAAGAGCGGCAAGAUCAAGACAGGCUACAAAUGUGACCACAUCAACCUCGGCUGUGAUGUGGAUUACGAUAUUAACGGUACGGCCAUCCAUGGUGCGGCGGUGGUGGGCUACGAGGGCUGGCUGGCCGGCUACCAGAUGACCUUUGAGGCCGGCAGGAACAGGAUCACCCAGAGCAACUUCGCUGUGGGAUACAAGACCGACGAGUUCCAGCUCCAUACGAAUGUAAAUGAUGGCACUGAGUUUGGUGGCUCCAUCUACCAGAAGGUGAAUGAUCAGCUAGAGACAGCUGUCAACCUGGCCUGGACCGCCGGAAACAGUAACACCCGCUUUGGGAUCGCGGCCAAAUACCAGAUUGAUGCCGAUGCAGCCUUCUCUGCUAAGGUGAACAACUCCAGCCUUGUGGGCCUGGGCUACACUCAGACUCUGAAGCCUGGCAUCAAGCUGACGCUGUCUGCUCUCCUUGAUGGCAAGAACAUCAACGCUGGUGGCCACAAGCUUGGCCUCGGCCUCGAGUUCCAGGCAUAGAAAGAUGAGACGAACCUCUUGCUCCCCCCAGAACAUGCAUACAUACAUGCAUACACUCACACACACAUUCCCUGCCCCCACCAAAAGAACCUCCAAAUCCUUUAUUGAAUAGCAAACCCUCACGACCCUGUAUCCCUUAGAUGUGCUACAGUUGAAGCAAGGCAGCAUAAUGAAGGUCAAGUCGUCCAGUCGACGAUCUGCUACUUAUAAAGGACCACUUUAAGGGAACAUAUAUUUUGAAAAUACAGCUCAGAACAAAACUAAAAAUGAAACAAAAAAAAAAGUCAGACUUUGAAAUGUGUAGCUUACAAGGGAGAAGUAGCCUUGGAUUCAUUCAUGUUGGUCUUAACAUGUUUUUAUUUCACUACAAUCAUACAAAAUGCUUUAAUUUAUGUUUCUCUGUGCUUUCCAGUUCAGAUAAAGAGGAAAUUCUAAACUAUAGACCAGCCAGAAACACACAAUGGGCUCCACACAGUAAGCCUACAGUUGAGUAUUUGCACCACCAGAUGGUGUUAUUGCUUAGUACCAGUCACAACUCACUGAUCACAGCGCUCGGUGGUCGGCCAGCUGUCUUAUUCAAGCUGUUCUUCUACACUGGAGAGCUCUCUUACUCUAUUAUAGGGAAGUGUCUGUCUUGAGAUAUUAUUGUACGAAGGUGAGAAGGGUUAGUUGACAGUAGCUCAGAGAGGCACUGCACCCCAUGGUGUACAUUCUGUGUUUUCGUCUCACUCGUCUUUUGUCUCUGUGCAUUUGGUGUGAAUUAUGUCUUUUGUUACAAAUAGCGAAAAGAAUAUUAUUUUAUCGACAGUCUUGCAUACUUUAACCCACUUGUUAAAUGUGAGGAGGCAAAGAUCUGUCAAUUGUUCCUGGUCUAGUAAAGGGAAGGAAACAAGUCAUGCACACUGCUCAAAUUUGCGGCAUAAGAAACACUUGGGAGGAGGAACAACAAGAGGAAUAAAUACCCCUGACAGGAUGUGGUAGUCUUCCAGAACUGGUUAUGAGACCUGGGCUUAGUGUACUUGACAGUACUGUUACCUCCUGAGUUAAAUAAACAUCUUGAACCAG